AUGGCCAAACAGGAAGAAUUUAAAGAGUUAUCUGAAGACGGGGGCUUUGCCAUGGUCCUAUGCCCAAGCACAAUCAUAAGCACCAUAUUCAUCGAGGCCAGAAUCUCCAAAGACUGGUCAGACAUCUGUGAGUCUUCUCAGCUUCAAGAGGCUUUGCAAGCUCGGCUGUCUUCCCCAGACAACAGUUCAGUAGUUGAAGUGGGCGACGAUAUCAUGGCUAAUCCAGAUGCCUCAAUUACUCUUGGCCAGCUGUUUGAAACCUAUAAGGACAUUAUCCAAUCGCUAAAAGUGGUUGAAUACGUGGGCAUUGAGACAGCCAGCGCUUGCUACACCCUCAACACCAUGACGGUCAGACUCCAAGCAUACCAACUGUAUGAUACAGCAAGAGAAGAGGAUUCCACUAUACCGCAAGCUGAAACAUCAUUGCUGCCACAUGUCCGGUUUGAUGGCCAAUGGGAUGAGUAUGUUGAUAUUCAAUCCACCCAUACGACGUCACACAUUGAGCUAACCCUUGCCAGACUUGUCUUCGAGAGCGACCUCAAAGGAGAGCUCAUUUGGAUGAUGACCAAUAUACUACGGUUUUCACAAAAAUCGGGGGCCGAUUCACGAGAUGUAAAUCCGCUCAUCUUGUUGUACGGCCCUCCCGGAACGGGCAAGACCACAUUGUGCCAAGGCCUUGCCCAGAAGAUCUCCAUUCGACUCAAUUCUACCUACAAACAAACGAAGUUGAUUCAAAUCAAGACAGCUAAUUUACUAUCCAAGUACUAUAGCGAGAGCGCGAAGCAAGUAGAUAACAUAUUUACAACAAUCGCUCGCAUGUGCCAAGACGACCCGAAACGAUUCAUCUGCGUUAUGAUUGACGAAGUAGAAAGUAUUGCCUUUUCAAGGGAGCAUAGCACCUACAACGGGGAAGCCCAGGACUCACUGCGAGCAACAAACUCUCUUCUUACGGGUCUGGACCGAGCGAAGGGAUUGGCCAAUGUUAUUUUCCUUUGCACGUCGAACAUGGUCAGCUCUCUUGACACAGCCUUCCUGGAUAGGUGCGGACUUAGAAUCGCUGUCAAUCCACCUUCGAGUGCUUCGCAAUACGCUAUUCUCUGUGGAAGGAUCCAGAAGCUCAUAGACCGAGGCCACAUCACGUCCGACAGGAGUCUCCCACUAUACGACGAGGCAGAUAUCGAGUAUAGGGCAGAUGGAGACGGACCGGGGGCGAAGAUUGGUGCCCAGAUACUAGCCAUCCUCGGGCUUAUCAACUCUGGAGAUGCGCAAUUAAUCGGAGGAAUAAGUGGUAGAUCACUCACCCAACUGCCCGAGCUAGCAAUUCUGCGUUACUUGAGAGGGGAGGACUGCGAUAUUGACCUGGCCCUAGCAUUUAUCAAAAGAUUCGUCUUAUCUCAAGAGGUAAACGGUUGA